GGCUGUGUUCUUUCUCCUCUGUCUGUGUGCGAAUGCACAGACGGUUCAGUAGUAAUUUGAUGUGUGUCCCUGGGGACAUUUGAUGGAUUAAAGCUAAGCAGCUCCAUUUCGCAGCACCACCUGAUCUUCCUCUGCCUGUGCCCCAUAUAAAGGCUGGCGUGAUUGCUGAUCUCAGCUAGUCUGACAGUCUCUCUCUCUCUCUCUGUUGCACUCUCUCCCUCCUCUCUCUCUGUCUGUCUCCAUCUCUUCUCUUCCUCACUGGUCUCUUAAGCCUGCUGCAUCACAGGAGCUAUCCAGUGCUGAACAGGAUUGCUUUUAUUUUUUAUUUUUUUAUUUUUUCUGGGGGACGCUGGGGGAACCAAAGAGUAUCAACCCAGCACUGCCAUCAGUCUCGUACUCUGCCGGUUUCCAUCUUUUUUUUUCUUUCUAGUCUUAUGUUUCUGACCACAUCAACCACAAGGAUUUACCGUCAAGCCAGCUCCGCUUGUUUGCGUCCUCAGAGGGUCUUUUAUUUUUUCUCAUGCGUUUCUCUCAGCCCCGUGUUUUCAUCCACUGAAACAUGCCCCGCUCUUUUUUGGUGAAGAAAAUCAAGCUUGAUGAUUUUUCUUCGUCCAAUGUGGCCAACUCCAACCAUCAUCACCACCUGGACGACUCGUUCACUUUUGCCCGCUCCAUCACAGACUCGGUGACCAGUCUCGGGGUUCGCCUCAGCGAGAAUGGAUACAUCCAGGAUUACAUCACACCAUCUGUAUACCAGGGGGAGAAGAAGAUGGAGCAUAAGCUGGCGUCGCCGGUGUCGGACCCCCUGUACACCCAGGUGAGCAGCGGAGAGGAUUACUGCGACCCGGACUUGAAGCACCCAGACAGCCCGCAGUCCGGCAUGACGGCGAGCGGCUUCUACACUGGUGAAUCGGAGGCUCUGGCCGAGGGUUACACCAUGGAUGCCUUCUUCAUCUCUGACGGGCGCUCCCGGCGAAAGGGAGAGGGCGAGGCUCGCGGGUCCAGCUCAAGAAGCAGCAGUGCGAACGGAGGGGUCCAGGAGCGGGGCGCCGGGGUGCCUCGCCACACCUGCAACGAGUGCGGGAAGACCUACGCCACCUCCUCCAAUCUCAGCAGACACAAGCAGACGCACCGCAGCCUGGACAGCAAGAUGGCCCGCAAGUGUCCCACCUGCAGCAAAGUGUACGUGUCCAUGCCGGCAUUGGCAAUGCACAUCCUCACCCACGACCUCAAGCACAAGUGCGACGUGUGCAGCAAGGCCUUCAGCCGGCCCUGGCUGCUGCAGGGCCACAUGCGCUCUCACACGGGGGAGAAGCCCUUUGCCUGCGCCCACUGUGGCAAAGCCUUUGCUGACCGUUCAAACCUCCGCGCCCACAUGCAAACACACUCUGCCUUCAAGCACUACAGAUGCAAGCGCUGCAAUAAGACCUUCGCUCUCAAGUCCUACCUGAACAAGCACUAUGAGUCAGCUUGCUUCAAGGGCUCUGCGGACGAAGACGACUCUGGAUCAGAGAACUAACACAAGAGAGAAGCAAAAUUUCUGAACCCCUGUCGAAGGUUCACAACCAAUAACCCUGGUCACUCUGCCCUCCAUGCCUUUUUUCUUCCCUUUUUUUAGAAAGCAAUAUUUUCACUGAGAUUACGUGAAGAAACUCUGAUAACUGAUUAUGGCAAAGACAAUUUCAAAAGAUGCUGGAUUUUUUUUCCCUGCACAGUAGCUAAUCGUCCACAGAAACAUACAAUCAAUCAACCUUUUCCCCCAAAUAGAGACUGUAGAUGGUAGUUGUACACAACUCAGCUACGUGUCCUCACACCAAUGUGGGAACAUGUAAACACACACACACACACACACCCCUACAUGAAUGCACACCCACACUUACAACACAAUUAUAUAUGAGGCCUGGCAUGUGAAUUUUUAUCAAUGACUAUAAUAAUAUUGAUAUCAAUAGUAAUAAUAUUUAGAUUCCUGAUAUUUUAUAGGAAAUAGUAACAAAAACACAAAAAAAAACAUAAAAAAGGACUAACAGUGUUCUUUUGUUUUUUAGAGACAAAAUGACCUCUUGUAUUUUUAUGCUGCUUUUUAUUUGCUAAGAAUUGAAUUCUUUUGCAACUGCCAACAUAAACUUUUUACAAAAAUGUGAACUAUGACAGUAUUUGCAAAAAAAGGGAGAUCAUUUUAAAAAGGUUAAAAAAAAGACCAACCCUCCUUUUUGUCCACACCAACGUUUCAAUUCAACGGAUGUUAUUUUUCUAUUUAAUUUUUCUAAAUUUAUUUUUUUGUGCUUUUUAUCUCUUGUUGAUCAAAAGCUUCUUUGUAACUGUGGGUACAUAAAACAGAGCUCAUCUUAAAUAAGCUAUAAGACGACCAUACGUCAUUCAGAUCAAUUCUGCAGGAACAGCGAUUUUAAAAUGUUGGCCUGUUGAGCAGGUAUUAUUACUUCCACCAUCCGAUCCGAUUCAUACUCUCACCCUGAUGCACAGACUUGGACAAAAAAACAAACAAAAAAAACACACACACACACACACAGAGAGCCAGACCAAAUGAUCUAAUAAGUGCCAUGAGCGGUUCACUCAUCUAUAGCAAUUAAAACUCUUGUUGUUCUUCCUCCACCAUGAUGGCUAGCGUCAACGCCGCUGCCUCCAUGGUGCCUCGUCCAGUCUUAAUGAGUAAUCUCGACCCCAUAUUUGAGGUGCUCCCCCCCCUCCACCAGUAUUACCUCAGAGUGAACGUACGGACUCGCACACCCUCAGUUACAAAGUGACAAAUUUUUGUGUUUGUCUGUUUUUAUAUGUCGCUCAAAGCUACGCCCAUGGUUUAGUAGAUGCAUACCAUCUAUUUAUCAUGUAAAUACUUUAUUUAUCCUCCUGUUUAUCUAUUUAUUUAUUUAUUCAUCCUAUUUUUUGCUUAUUUAUUGAAUACUUAUUUAUUAUGUAUUUAUUUAUUGUUUGUAAUUUAAAAAAAACGAACAUCCAUUGACCUUGUAAGAUGCUGCUGAUCUUCAAAGAAAAUGUUUAUAUGCAUGAAAACUGUAGAGAGUCCAUGGGACUUAGUUUUAAAGAGGAACAAUGUACAGUACCAGUGCUAGAGGACUUCCAAUGAAUGAAUGCAAAAUUAGUUUUAUGUUUUGUGGCAAUAACAUGACUGAAAAAGCAAUUGACAUGGAAAAACAAUCACAGCUGUUCUGUUUUUGUUCAACUUAGGGCAAUAAAAAGAAAACAAUGACAAAAAAUUAUUGAUUUUGUUUCCCAAAAGUCCUCCACCUCCUCACAGACGGAGAUUUUUGGCCUCUUUUUUUUUGUCUUUCAAUCUCAGGCAAUAAGUUCUCAGAAGUGGUCUACACUGAAAAUCAGAAAACAAAAAGGUCUCGGGUGUGCUAAAGUCGCAGACGCGCAACAGCAAUAAUGACGCCAAGAUUAGCAAGUCAUGAAUCCAUAACUGACACCGGGUCGCUAUUUGUUCACCUAAUAAUUUUUAUUCUACUUUAAAAACACAACAAGACAGUAAUAAUAAUAAUAAAGUAUCUAAAUACACCAAAGUGUGCAAUGGUUUGAAGGAAGCUUAUGUAUCCUCUUUAAAACGAUCUUGGCAUUAACUUCCAGGGAAAAGAAAGUUUUUCAAAUUGCUCUAAUAAAAUGACAUGCAGCAUUGCACUUCUAAACCGCAGCUCUAUGGUUUUUUUGUUUCCUCUCCCCCGUCCCUCCCCUACGCAGCAGCCGUCCUCACCCUGUCCCAACUGCCUCUGAACAGACGCGGCAAGCAUUAGAUGUGCUGAAGUGGGAUUGGCGGAGGGUGGCGGAGUGUGGGAGGAUAACAGGUGUUUGUAGACAGACUGCAGAUAGGGAGCGUAAUUGAGUCGGUGAGCGACCUCCAAGGGGAAGGUCAAGCACCAGCAGGCAAAUGCACUGUCAGCUAUUUGCAUAUUCCAAAUGGAUGGCACUAUCGCAGUAAUGCUGAGCUCGCUCUGGAAAAAAAAAAAAAAGCAAAGCUGAGGAGGAGAAAGGAGAGCAAAGAGGAGCUUCUGUUCUAUUUGUUCAUCCUCUUCUCUCUGUUUCACCAUCAUCCUGUGUAGUGCUACAGCUGAAUCACUGCAUGAGAGCAUCCAAACCACCUGUCUAAUGAUCAACGUGUAGGACACACAAUCUGGAACAUCGCUGCAAUAUUACACAAAUGCAAAAAAAAUAAAUAAAAAAUGGCUUCCAAAAGACUUUUUUUAUGUUUUUCUAUAUUAACGUGCAAGAGGACAAUAAAGUAUCUCCAAAACAUGGGGGAUGUGUAUUAAAAUGACAAAUACAUGCACUGACCAUAUUAAAAUAGUAAAUGCAGGCUUGCAUCUGCACCUGGAAGUAUUAAAAAAACUAUUUCCAGAAAAAAGGGGCACAACAAGCAAAAAUAUUGCAUUUAGAUGUAGGGAAACAUUGUUCCUCUUUGAUUUUGUAAAUAUAUUUGUAAAUAUAUCACAGCAAUAAUAUCACAAUGCAUGUAGACAUUUAAAUGCUCUUUUUCUAUCCAUGUCUUUUUUUUUUCUAUUUAAAAAGAAAAGACAAAUGCAGGUACCAAUUGCAGUCUGGUUGGCCAUGUGAAUCAGGGAGCGUCUUGAUUAAGAAACUAUCUGUUAUAAGUUAGAACAACAACUUUCAACUCUGUGUUUUCUCAAAGAUCUGAUCAUGUUGGGUAUGAUUUUUUUUUUAAUUUCCUUUCUUUUUUUUCUUUCUAUUUAUGUGCCCGGCUUGGCUGCGCAAUGAAAAAGUGCCAAAAAGUAUGAUUUCCAUGACAAAAGCCUUCAACAUAUGGUUGGCUGCUUGAAACCAUCCAUAUGGUCCUCAAAGAAAAAAAACUGAUUAAGAUUUUCCACCUUCUUACUCAUUCUCUCUCUCUCUCACUCUCCUUAUCUCUCUCUCUUUCUCUCCGUUCCAGUAUGAAGAAACUUAAGCCAUGAUUGCUGAGGGGUGUUUUCAUUUAUCUUGUUCUGCUACAAUUAAUAAUGAUGACAACAAUAGCAAUGAUAACAUUAAUAAAAACAAUAGCACAAGGAA